GGUCGAGCCUCUUUCAAGCCUUCCCCUGCCUUCAGUGUGAUAACCUCCCUGGCAGUCAUGUGACGGGGAUAUAGUACUACGCUAGGGGAGCUAAAGGACACAUCAGCAGCCCUGCCACUGCUGUUGCAAAUCGGGACCCUGCCUCCAGGCAGUUUUCAAGGACAACGUUUACCAAGCGGCCAGGCCCCCUCCUUAGGAGCGCUGUGGGGUUUGGUGAUAGAUUGCUGGGGCGUUGCGCUGGUUCUGAAUGCCACGAGGAGCUGCUGCCCGCUGGGAUAUUGCUUGCCUUUGAUCCGGGGUGUUUUUGGUGGGGUUUUUUUUUUUGGUGUGUGUGUGUCUGUGCAGAAAAGUUCAGGCUUUCGCUUGAACUUUCACUGUGUGGUAUAUGCUGGUGGGAUAUCCAUAACAGAUUAUCCAGGAAUGGUGGAUCAUUUGCUUCCUGCUGAUGAAUAUUUUUCAUCCACAAGAUCCCCUGUUGGAUACUUUGGGGACAUGAUGCCUGGUGGGAGGUCGUAUCAGAUGCUGCCCUCACCUGUGUCAGAAGAUGACAGCGAUUCUUCAAGCUUUUGCUCUUGUUCCAGCCCUGAUUCCCAGGUUCUCAGCUCUAGCUAUGGAAGCACAUCUAGCGCUGAAAGUCAAGAUAGUAUUUUAGACUAUUUACUGUCCCAGGCUUCCUUGGGGAACACCCCUGCUUCUUGGUGGGACAAAAGGAGACUUCAGCCAGUAGUGAAAGAGGAAUAUUUCAGAUUGCCUGAGUUCGCAGUGGAUAUGGAAGAUUCUGGACCAUUUCAGCCCACACUUGAGGAGAUUGAGGAGUUUCUGGAAGAAAAUAUGGAGUUGGAUCUCAAGGAAGGGCCUAAAAGUGAGACCAAGGACUUGAGAGCUUGCAGCCAAGUUUCUGUUGCUUCAGUCCAGCAAAAAGACCAUCUGGUAGCUAGCGUUAAUUUAAAAGAAAGUAAAAGUGAACAAUCAAGUAGCUCAACAGAAGGUAGCGAUGUUUCAAACGGAGCUCUAUCCCUGGAAGGAGGGAUACCUGUCAUGCUCCAAAUUCAGCCUGUACAGAUCAAACAAGAGUCAAAUACAAGCCCUAGUUCACAAGGACCUGCACAAGAGAAUAUUAAAAUUGCACAGCUCCUAGUCAACAUUCAAGGACAGACAUUUGCACUUGUGCCGCAGAUCGUUCAGUCAUCCAAUUUGAACUUGUCCUCUAAAUUUGUCCGCAUAGCUCCAGUCCCUAUUGCUGCAAAGCCUAUUGGGCCAGGAGGCAUGAUCCAGGGUCAAACGGGGAUCAUCAUGGGCCAGAAAUUUCAAAAGAACCCUGCAGCAGAACUCAUUAAAAUGCACAAAUGUUCUUUCCCUGGCUGUACCAAGAUGUACACUAAAAGCAGCCAUUUGAAAGCGCACCUGAGGAGACACACAGGAGAAAAACCUUUUGCAUGCACGUGGCCCGGUUGUGGAUGGAGGUUCUCCAGAUCAGAUGAGCUCUCCCGGCACAGACGCUCCCACUCUGGAGUGAAACCUUACCAGUGUCCUGUCUGCGAGAAGAAAUUUGCUCGAAGUGACCACUUAUCCAAACACGUCAAGGUGCACCGGUUCCCUAGAAACAACCGCUCUGUGCGCUCAGUGAACUGAUUGGUCCCGCCUACCCCUUGCCACCCGUCCAUCCCGGAACAGCCGACAACAGCACUUUGCUCACUAUAUUUCUUGUGAUAAUUUAUUUGUCUCCAUAGAACAGUCAGCGCUGUUACUUCACACUACCGCCUCUGAAUGUUUUGUGUCCUACAAACAUGAUUUGAGAACAAAG